CCUCCCAAAGUGCUGGGGUUAUAGGCGUGAGCCACCGCGCCCGGCCCUAUCACUUUCCCUGCUAAACAUUCCCUAGACCGCAGGCCUGAGAUGAAAAGCCUUUCUCAAGACCCCUGGACCAGGAGACCCAUGGAUUAGGCUCCGGCCCCCUGUCUCAUCCCCCUCCCAGGUCUCCUUGUUGCCCUGGGGACCUUCCCCAACAAUGGGGCUCAGUGAGGCCUCUGUGUCUCACAGCUCCCCUUCUCCUGGUUGCUAAGGCGAAAGACUCCCUAGCAACGGGGUUUCCUGAGCCUUCGGGCCACCCGAAUCCACCUUCUCAGGUAUCAGUUUCCUAAGGAAAGGAAUUCCCUAGCAAGGCCUCCCUGUUCCCCACCCCUCAGGGCGCCCCGGGUGAUAUGGAGACACACCCCAGACUCCCACGCCCUUCCAGACUUCUCUUUCCUGCCAUAAGUUGCCAAGGAGGCUCUUCUAAACCUGAGACGCCCCCACUCUUCCACCAGGUCCCUAAAGAAUCAACACCCUAGACCAGGCACGGCCAGUCUGGUGGGAAGUCCCCCCACCUCCCUUCGUCCCCGUUACUGUGGGGACUCCCUAGCAACAGAACUCAGAAUCCUGGGGCCUUGUGGGCAGGUGGGUGGGGCUGGUUGCUGAGGGGAUGUCCUGUGAGGCCUCUUCCCACAGUGGCCCCAGGGGUCUGGGGAGGCGACAUGUUGGGCUCUGGGAUCCCAGCACUGGGCCUGCUCCUAUUGCUGCAGGGCUGGGCAGACGGAAGUGGAAUCCAGGGAUUCUUCUACCCAUGGAGCUGUGAGGGUGACAUAUGGGACCGGGAGAGCUGUGGGGGCCAGGCGGCCAUCGAUAGCCCCAACCUCUGCCUGCGCCUCCGGUGCUGCUACCGCGAUGGGGUCUGCUACCACCAGCGUCCAGACGAAAACAUGCGGAGGAAGCACAUGUACGCGCUGGUCUGGACGUGCAGCACCCUCCUCCUCCUGAGCUGCAGCAUCUGCUUGUUCUGGUGGGCCAAGCGCCGGGACGUGCUGCAUAUGCCCGGUUUCCUGGCGGGUCCGUGUGACAUGUCCAAGUCCGUCUCGCUGCUCUCCAAGCACCGAGGGACCAAAAAGACGCCGUCCGUGGGCAGCAUGCCAGUCACCCUGUCCAAAGAGUCCAAGGAUGUGGAGGGGAGCACUGAGGGGGAAGGGACGGAGGAGGGUGAGGAGACUGAGGGUGAGGAAGAGGAGGAUUAGGGGAGUCCCCAGGGGAAUGCUCAAUACAGAUAUGGUGGACAGAUGCAUGUUCUCUUCUCUGAGAGGCGUGGGGAGCAGGGGGCACGGUGCACACAGAGGCUGGGGUAACAGGUGGGGGCUGGAGGGGGCUUGGGGAUGGAGGCUUAGGGGGCCCCUGGAGGAGGCUUAGGGUGUGAGCUGAGAGGGACCCUGGAAUGAGAGAGAUCUGGGAGGUAAGUGGGGAGGAUCUGAGCUGAGGGGGUUCUGUGCUCAUGGGGGUGUCCUGGGCUGUGAUCAUGGGGGCCCUGGACUGAGGGGAUAGAGGUGUACGAGUGCUGGAGUGCGAGUCUGAAAUGAGGGAGUUGAGGGUAUGUGGGGGUGGCGGGGUCUGAGGGGUGCCUGGACUGGGCGGGGAGAGGGACAUGCCACAGAUGUGGAAACGUGCCCCUCAGUCUCCUACAUGGAGUGCCAGUGACUGACGGUGCCCCCCGCCCCCACCCCAGAUGCACCUAGAUGACCAUGAGCUGCUCUCCACCAAUAACUGAGCAUGGCGAGGCAAGGGGUGGGGGUUCCGGGUACAGGCGCCUUCUUGAAGGGCAGGGGCUUCCCUCAUGGACUGUGACUUCAGCUCCCAGCUCCCCAGGGCCCAGUGGCAAUUUUCUUGGAGGUGCGCUGCAGUCUAAGACUAGUCCUACCCAUGCCUCCCUCCCUCUCCCUGCACCAAGCUACCCUUCAAAAGUGUUUCCCCAAUACAUAGCUUGCAAGUCCAGUUUGCCUCCGUGUCUGCUUCUCAGAGAACCCAAACUCACACAGGGAUGUCGGGGAGAGUGGAGGGGUCUGGGCUGAGAUCCUUAUCCCCUACCCCCUCCCUGGUCCCCUAGGAGAAGGGGCCAGCAUAAGGCUAGGCUCCUAUAUCCCCAGGGCUCCCGGUCUCCCCAGGGCAGGGGCAGCCUCACCUCAGGUGUGGCCAGGC